GUGCAUGGCGGCUAUCUGUCAGAGGGGCCAUCCUCUAACUCUAUGACCAGAACUACUUCUAUGACCAGUUCAUCUGGCAUCUUCAACAACAACAACAACUAUAGCAGUAGUGGUUGCAGUGCAGAUAAAGGCAAUUGUUUAAUUACCAGCGCGACCAGAGACUAUAGCGCAUCGACGUUCGGCACAUCAUCAAACAGCAUCCCUAUUGGAGGUUCACUUGGCGGAUCCUCGACGUCCAUUGCUGACAUCUUGGGAAUGGGAACUGCAGCUGGUGGAACCGCCUCCACUAUCAAUAUCAACAGUAAAAACAACUCUUCUUCUUCCUCAACGACGCCAGCAGGCAGCUCGAUGGCCGCUGCAGCUGCAGUUCCUAAGACCGGCGGCAUAUCACCAUCAAAACCUGUGCCACAUCAAGAUCAUUCGGUCGUGGGCGAAGCAGUUCCGUUGGUUGAGAAAACAGCCUCAACAUCAUCAAUCUUCAAUGAAGACGCUUCUUCCAAGGGACAUCAAGGUUGUCCACCUGCGGGAUUGUCUGCGGAGGACCAGAUGUUGAAUACAAGUGGCGAAAAUCCAAGUAUUUUCGAUCUUGGAAUUGAACAACAACUAGAGGAGGAGGACAAUUAUGUUGACAAGGAGAAGGAUAGACGUACUAGCAUGAUCAACAUCAACAAGUCUACUCCUACAACUUCGAAUGGCGCAUCCUCCAGUGAACCAGAGGCAGCCGACGCCUUGAAUGUUCCGGUUGACUACGUUGGGCUCAUUAUAGGCGCAGGUGGGCGCUCGUUGCAGAAAAUCAAAGCGCAUACUGGCGCUUCAGUGACGAUUAUCCCCCAUCCGAAUCCAGAUGAUAUGAACUUCAAAAGUGCGCACAUAUGCGGGAACAGGGAACAAGUACUAGUGAUAGAAGUUGUGAUACCUCCAGACGAGUUCAGUCACUACUUUUGGUUCGUGUGUAACUUACAGACUUUAAUAUUUCAAAUUCAACUGCUGGAGAUGCUGAUUUGUUCUCAUGAGGAGGACCUUCCAUUUCCAAUCACUCUACUGAAACUAAGUCAAGUCCUCAACUCUCCACGACCCCACACCCACACCCAAACAGGUCACCCACGCCAAGGAAGUUAUUUCCGCGAUGAUCGAGAGUGCACGACAAGCCAAAAACGGGCUCGAGGAGCACCAUCGACAGGUAGCAAAGGGAGAACUCCCGAGAGAUGCGAGAUAUGUCCCGACUAAACCAAGAGGCCUAGAAUUCUUGGAAGACGACGAUACUUUUCCAGAAAGAGACAAUUUUACGCCGAUGGGAGGGAAGAACGGGAGUACUGAAACUUCUUAUCUUCCCUAAAAUGUUGAUGAUAUUGCUUUUUUGUAUCGACAUUCUCUUGCUAUAUUUUUGUUGCAAAAUAGAGAUAGAUUUCUAUCAUGUAGUUUUGUGAGCGAUUCAAAUAUCUAGUCCCAACCUAAUCCCAACCAUUUCCAUCUACUCAGGUCCACACUUUCGCGAGCAAGGCUCAUGGUACAAAGGUGCAGGCCCGUACGGAGGUGGCAAGAUGAAGGGAGCUGCUAACAGUGCGUCGUGGUCAGGCCCAAUUGGUGGAAAAGGUUCCCAGCACGGACCAGGCAGAUAUGGGAGCAUAUCGAAACAUCACAAGUACAGCUACUAGCUUGAUCGUGCUUGGCUUCCUCAUUCGUGUUAUCCAAAUCAACUAUGGUCAUCCACCCUAACAGGCGUCUAUACAACAUUCCAACUAGUACAAGAAUAACUAGAAGCACUUUCUUCAUCUUCCGUCUUCCCACUUCGCCAGACGAUCAGUGAUCGAUUUCUAACCUAUCAGGUUCUACGACGAAUUUGAAGUUCCACGUCGAUACCUGGGUUUGUUUAUUGGGAAAAGAGGCGAAAGCAUCCGAACUUUCCGGGAGAGAGCAGCGGCACUGAACAUCGAACUCGAGGUGGAUCAGCAGACAGAAGCCUCCUCUGGCAUUGUCCGCAUCAGCAGUACUCCAUUUACACUCAACAUCACAGUCUCAGCCUCAGCUUUUCCUAUAGUUUGGUAGGUAUCCAUCAAUCCAUCACUGAAACUUUAGACCUAGAACUAGGUGAACAGCAUGUGCUUGUGGAGGUUCAUGCUUUUGCUUUUCCACUCGUUGAAUACGAAUAUGUAGAUGAGUACUUCACGUUUUCGGUUAUCAAAUAUCUUUCUCAGGUGACAACGAGACGGAUGUGACGCAGCUGAAGCGCGACAUGAUGGCGAAGUUGCAACAGGAUAUCUCAACUUGCGAAGAACAGCCUAGAAACAAGUAUCCAUCUGGUACUGGCGGCGAUCUGCGUGGUGGUGCAAAGGGGAACCAUUCAUCUAGUGGAGCAGGAUACAAUCAUAGUGGUAAAGACCUCCAUUCUGGUUCUUACAACGGUAAAGAUUAUUCUGGUUCUUACCACAACCACGCAGGCGGGAAAGAUCACUCCGGUUACAAUGGUAAAGAUUAUUCUGGUUCUUACCACAACCACGCAGGCGGGAAAGAUCAUAGGGACUAUCGUGGUAGCAACAAUUACCAUGCAGGAAAAGAUCAAGGCGGCGGCCACAACUACAGUACCAAUCACGGCAGCAGGGACCACCAAUAUGGAGGGCAGCACCACAGUAACGGAAGUAGAGACCAUCACCAGUACACUAGUAGUGCAUCGUCUUGGGGCAACAAUGGAGGUAAAGACAACUCUUCAGGUGCUUAUCACAAUGGCGGAAAGAACAGUGGUCCCUAUGGUCGAGGAGGAAAGCACAACGGUCAACAUUCAGCACCAGCAGGUGGCAAGAACUACACCCAUGGAAAUGGCGAUAGAAUGAAUAACGGUAAGGGGAAUGGCGAAGGUCAACGGUAUGGUGGCAAGGCCGCCAAUGGUGGAUACAACAAUCAUAGCAAUGGAGGAUACAACCACCAAAAUGGCGGCCAACAUCAAGGCCAACAUCAGAACCAUACCAAGGGCGGAACGGGUGGAAACUACAACAACAACAGUUCCACAUCCUCCGGUGGCAGUGCUUCCUACAACAACGAUGCCGCUCAACAUGUGGGCAAUGAUUUUAGCAAUCAGCUUGAUCAAAUGAUGAGCAACGUUUUCAAGUCCAUCGCAGGUGCAGGGUUAGUACCAAGUAGUUCUUCUGCAGCUGCCACAGGAGUCGAUGAGAUCUUAGCAAACGCCUUGUCGGGAGUAACUGGACAGACGCAGAACAAGACGCCUUCUCCUUCUGACGAGUUACAGCGACUGCUAACUGGUGACCCAUCAUCUGGGGCAUCUCACGAUCAAGGAACUACACAGCAAAAUGGAGGUAGCGCAACUGCGUUGUUAAAUAGCCUUGGUUUCCUCCCUAAUGGGGGAACAUCUUCAACAUCUUCAACAGGAGCAGCUGCGAAUAUGAAUAAUAACAUCAGUACUACAACUAAUACUAUUAGUAGUGCUACUAGUGCUAUAAUUGGUGCUUCCAAGAAUACGAAGAGCAGCACAGCCUGUGCUAAAGACUCAUCAUCGUGCUCUUGGCUAGAAGACCUUUGGAACUCCCCUCCAGCGGUUGACGCAACCCCUUCAACGACGAUGAGUUUGAAUACUAACGCCACGACCGGAUGCUCGUCUGCUCAUGCGGGCAACUCGGAUGUCCCAAUGGUGGGAGAUAUCGACUCAGAAACAGCUUACGACGUCCUGCAAGCUAUGGCCUCUUGUACGACCGGGGCAGGCGUGUGGUCGUAGAUGUAGUAGUAGCCAUCACGAGCAGAUAUUGAGGUUGUCGUUAGUUGAUGUGGAAAUUCAUAUCUUCGUAACCCUAUUAUAUUUAUAGACUACUUUCGUAAAAACUCAUCCUCAUGGCUGGUGGUGGGUAUCUAGGAUUUGACUAUAUGGAUGAUGGUUGGUUGGUUGCGGCUAUAUAAGUGAGUAAGGAUCAACCAUUUUGUUAUUUGUGUUGUGUUUCCUGAUUAAUUUUCUUCCUGUGUAUAACGAUUGUUUACUUUGGUGCUGGAUAUUCGCGUGCACUUCUCGAAAACUUCUCCAUAGCAUUCAGGUGAUGACGAUAACCAUGCAAAUCCCCUUAGGCAGCAGAGGACUGAAGCUACUUUUGUCCAAAUCAGGCGUAAAAGAUAAAGGACCUUUUUUCGGCUUUCUGGUCGUUGAUAGGUAUGAAAUUAGAGAGAGUCGUAGUUCAGGACGAUGAAAAUUCUUGGAACGGAAAUUUAUUUCCACUGGAGAACUAUUAUAGAAACCGAAGAUUCUAUUUAUAUUACUUAUAUGGAGUCCAAGUCCAACACUUAGAAAAUAUGAAACAAUAGCGGAGUAAAAAAGAUAUCGUAAAAGUUGUCCUCAUUUAGGAACUGUUGUGCUUGCACGCCGUUCGAAGGGUCUCACCGAAUACGUGAUGAAUACCCCCAAACAAGGGCAAUCCAUCUUCACAUGCAGAAUGGAAUAUCCUUGUUGAUGCCAGCUAAUAGCCGUGAUUAAAAGAAAUCGAAUGAUAAAAAAGUGGAAGAAGAGUGAGUUUUGCUUCACCACCGGCCAGUAAGGGUCACCUUUGAAGCACAUGACUAUGACUAUGACUAUGACAUAUAAUAUGUUGAUCCACCUAGUCGUAGGUCGUAGGGUCGAUGCCACUUGGAGCAGUCAUGAAUCCAAGGCGUCACCCUCCCUUUUCUGGUGAUCCCUCUCUUUCCUGGUGAUCAUCUCAUGGUGCUCAUCGUCUUGCCUAUCGAAAGCGGUAUGCGAGUAUACGGAGAUGAUUUCAUCUGAAGGUCUUACCUCUACUUCCGCGUUGUACAACCACAAGUGCAACCGCACUCUGUCCCAGGAGGCUUCAAGGUGAAUAGCCAGCAUGGUGCACGAAGCUCCAUGCACGAUCCCCAUAGAUGAGCAUGGAGGAACAGGACACAGUCACAACUUCCAAUAUUCGUAGUAGAAGUAGUAGACACUUUCACUUUUGACUCUGGAUGAUGAUCUGGAUUAUAUUUUGGAGAAAAAGUCCCUUGCUGAUACUGAGGCGCCAACAGAAAAUCAUUUUUUUUGGCACUUUGCCAGAGAGAUGAUUUGGGCUGCCAUGACUCCCUUAUUUAGUAAUACAAGAGAAAGGCUGCGAUGAUUACGUUGUAGUUUCCAAGCACAUUUAACGAUUUUUUUUUUGAGAAUUUAUAUUUACCUCUUUCUUCUUCUUCAUAGGACGAGGAAAAGGAAGAACUUUUUUGCUAUUUUUUUCCCAGCACAACGUAUGACGUAAGCCUGGAAGACGGAGGGCGCCGCACCAGGAACUUCUAAAACUAUACAGUCGAUGUCUUCAAGCAUGAGAUGUGCUUUUUAGGACCACAAGAAUGCGGUUGGUUUUAUGACCACCUUCUAUCAUAGAAAAUAGUAAUCCCAAUUAUUUUUUGAGAGUAACAUCUUCUCUCUUUGAGAGGAAGGAACUAAGAUAUAGAUAACAACUACUAAUUUAUUCUUUCCCCAGGAUGAACAACAUGGAGUACUGCGAGCAAAAAGAAAAGCGAAGAAAAUACAGUUCGUAGUUAGUUAUUGAAGGAGGUUGGUUAUCAAAAUAGGGAAAAAGAUCCUAUUCUAGAUGAAGUUUUCAAGGUGACUCCCUUACCAUGAGAAUUGAUUUAUCAACUGAAGACAGUGCUUCUAUAGCUGACUUCCUUGUAAGGAUCGUACUGUAAGGAUGAAGAUCAUAAAUCUUGAAAUUGUUUUUCCCUCCUUGAUGGUGGUUGCGCACUCGCAGCAGAAUUUUGCAUCGUUGGCCAAAUCAACAAGGAUACAUCGUUGGAUAAUGAUGUCUAAAUACGUAGCACAAACGUAGAACGGUCAACGCAAGCUCUACUGUCUACCUUGCGGAAUGAUGACAGUAGAGCUUGUGUUGACGAGCGUUCUACUUUUAUCAUGAUGCUGUUCGACCUCGUGCUCACGAACCAGGUUCCAGAAUCAACAUGACUAGCACAACCAUAUUUAGGAUGACCACCAAGAACAUAUUUUUGAGCUUCUAAUUCUAUGAUCUUCAACUAGUACAUAGAUCCCAGGCUAUCCCAUCUUCAAGAACACAUUGAAUACAUUACUUGCGUAGAUGACGUACUAUAUACCUAAUAAAGAGUGAGAAUGACUAGUGUAUGGAUAUUCUAUAACAUUGAGACGAAAAAGAACCACGACUAGACUUCCACAAUAAAUGUUAGCACGACAGAGCAAGUAGACGGUUGUUGUCGUCCUCGACGCAGUGUGAAAAAUGAGUAUCUCAUCUUCAAAUCAAUGAUGCACCUGUGAACUGUGAUGAUCUGUGAGCUACAGCAAGAGGAGAAAUAGUUGGUGUCUCCCUGUUCGACUUGAGGAAUUGUUGCAAAUAUCGAUGCAUUCCUAGAAUAUUGUUGAUAGAACGUCACGACUCCCUACUUGGAGCAUGAUGUUAUUGUCGAUGCUCGAACAAUGCUCCUGCUGAACAUCAAUGUUGACAUGUCAUAAAGAAUCUUCAACAACAUGUUGAAUCUUCAUGCAUAAUCCCGUGACUACCACAAACUCAGCCAUUAAUAUACGCGGACUUCGUGGCUAUAAUGUCCCAUACACUGUAAUCUUCGUCCUCAUACAAGAACGCGAUGGUGAAAAAAGAAGGUUUCGUCACGCAUUCACCAAAGAACUUCUCUAUGCUGCAACAUGAAAAAUAUUUAUCUCCCGAGUGUUGAUGUGAAAAUGCAAAUAUUUUUCAAAAAACUUCAUUGCAUGCGCAAAAAUUCCAUUUCUAAGUACCACCCAGACCCACGCGAAGAAAUGAAUCUAUCAUCAUGACAAUGAGAUGAAAUCCAACUUCUACUGCGCCUGCAUUACUACUACAUGUGAAACAAGAGGUCAACCCCUACUACGUGCUGAAGAUUGUCCC